CUCAGACAACACUGACAAUUCUGGCAGCAAUGAUAAUUCGGACAUUUCUGGCAGCAAUGACAUCUCCAACAAUUCUGGCAGUAAUGGUAACUCUGAUAACUCUGGUAGCGAUAGUACCUCUGAUAACUCAGGAAGCAUUGAGAACUCGGACAAAUCAGGCAGCAAUACUAUCUCCGGCAACACUGACAAAAAUGACAACUCUAACAUCGCUGUCAAAUCUGGCAGCGCUGACGAGAUGGUCAACUUUGAACUGCCUAGCAACUCGGGUAGCUCUAGCAGCAGCAGCAACGAUUACAAGAUUACUUGCGCCGAGAAGCGUGAGCUUGACUCCGAUUCUCUUGAGGGUCCUAUCCAAGUGGACAAGGUGUGCUGCCGAUGGUCGGGCGAGUGCGGUGAUUUGAACAAGUGCACCCAGUCAUGCUGCGAGGUUUGAAGACCCAGUCAUACCGCGAGAAGGAUUCCCAUUCGUUUGACAUCUUCAACCGGUCGGCCUUCCCGUUAUGAGUUAAUUGUGUACAACUUAAG